AUGACCUCCUAUGGAACUUUCUUUACAAAGGAACAGUUUGUCUGUUCAAUUUGUUUGGAAGUAUUUAGGGAUCCUGCUACUAUUCCUUGUGGCCACAGUUUCUGCAUAGCCUGUCUGAAAGCAUACUGGGAUCGAGGUGAUCGUGAGAGUUUGUACCUUUGUCCUAUCUGCAGAGAAGUGUUCAAGCCCAGGCCAGCUCUCCGCAGGAACAACAUCCUGAAAGAUGUUGUGGAGCACUUCCUAUCUUUUCAGCCAGAGGUCAGUCAAAUCUCACACAUUCCCACUGAUGAUGACAUUUUCUGUGACUUCUGCACUGAUGUGAAACAGGGAGCAGUCAAGUCUUGCUUAGUGUGCAUGGCUUCUUACUGUGAACAGCACAUACAGUCCCACUAUCAAAAGGCUGUUCUGAGGGCACACAAGUUGGUGUGUCCCAUGAAAGAUUUUGAAGGACAUCAGUGCAAACUUCAUGCUCGACCCCUGGAAAUGUUUUGUCGCACUGAUCAGGCAAGCAUCUGCUAUGAGUGUUUGGGUCAAGAACAUAAAAAUCAUGAAACAGUGACUUUGGAACAAGAAAGAGCUCUAAAACAGGAACAACUGUCAAAGAUGCAAAAUAAACUAGAGGAGCAAAUACAGCAAGUGGAAUCUAAUAUUCAGAAGAUAAGACAAGCAAUGGAGUCCCUAAAAAUCUCAGCAUGCUUGCAGAAGGAGGAUAUUGUAAUAAAAUUUUCGAAGCUUACAGCUGUCUUGGAAGCAUUUCAAAGAGAGUUGCUGCAAUUUGCUGAGGAUGAGGAAGGAGCAGUCCUUGCAGAGGCAGAAGGCAGAAUUCGUGAACUGGAGAAGAAGGCUGCUGAGCUCAAAAACAACAAGCACAAGUUAGAACUGCUUCCAAAGGAGGAAGACAGCCAUCUGUUUUUACAGGGAUUCCAGACUUUGAAGGUAUCAACAGACUGCAGACACUUGCCAAGAUUCACUGCCAACAGAAAUUUUCACCUCACAGCUACAGACCAGGUGGUUUCAGUAGUAACUGACCAACUAAAGGAUACCUGCAAGAACCAGAUGGAAAAUCUAUCUUCAGAAGUGAGAGGUCGAAUUCCUUUUAUUAGAGUGCCUACAAUGUUGAGAAAUCCGAAGACACGUGAAGAUUUUUUGCACUAUGUUACUGACCUGACUCUGGAUCCUAGCUCAGCUGAUUUGUUCCUACAACUUUCUGAAGAAAAUAAGCAAGCUGCACGAACUGUGACAUCCCCGGCUGAUCCUGGGACUCCGGCAAUAGGCAGUCAAGGAAGUAAAGUACUAUGCAUGGAGAGUCUCCAGGGAGAACGAUUCUACUGGGAGGUUGAAAUCAGCAACAGCUGGGUUGGACUGGGAGUCACAACUCAACCCACAAAAGAUGAGGAGACUUCAGGUCAGAUUGGUGCUGACAAACUGUCCUGGUGGCUGCAGUGGAAUGGGUUUAACUACAUUGCCCAGCAUAGUUCCACUGAAGUGGUUAUAGAUCAGCGGUAUUUUAACAAGAUUGGCAUGUACUUAGAUUGUGAAGCAGGCACCCUGACAUUCUAUGGUGUUACUAAUGCAAUGGUCUGCCUGCAUCGGUUCCGAGUAACAUGUACUCAGCCACUGCAUCCUAUCUUUUGCCUGGAGUCACAAGAUUCUUACAUAAGAAUAUGCAGCUUUAACUGAAAGCAGUAUGGGGGAAAAGUAAAUAUGAUGAUUUAUGAUAAGAGAAAACAGAUGAUGAUUUAUAUUCUAAUUUAAUUCAGUUUCAUGUAUGAAAACCCUUUUUUGCUUCCUUUUAUACUGGACAUGUUGUGGACAUUUAUUCAACUGUCAGUUAAGUUUGGAGGGAAACCUUGUGGCUGGUUAGUAGAAGAAACAGAUUUUAUGGACCUAAGCAAAAGGUAGUGAAUAAAAAUAAGUUGAAGAAAUUACACUGCAUAUGUCUUAUAACGCACAAAAAUUAAAUAAUUUUUUUACAUUUCUAUAAAAGUUUUUUUUUUUCAAACAUCUGAUAAGACCAGAUCUUUAUGAUACCUCAGUAAGCUUAAUAAAAUAUGGGAAACUCAUACUGCAUUUAAUUUCCAUAAUUAUAUUUUUUUGUGGACAAUUUUGUUUCACUCUCCUCCAAAAAUAUCAUGCCAAUGCUAUAUAAACAGUGUUCGUAUAUGGGGCCGAAUUCCUAAUGGUUACCUCGAGGUGUAUAUGAUGUGUACACAUCGAGGUAACAUUUUGGAAUUUAGUGACAACCCUACCGUGGUGCUGU